AUCGAACGUCGGUGCGGGAGCCAGGCGCUAGCGGGGAGGCACAAGGGCCAAUCAGCGGCGGCGGCACGCGGCCCCGGAACGUUGGGACACCCCGGCCCCGCCCCGCGCUGUUGUUUGUGGUGUCGGCCGGACGGGCGGCGGGAUCAGAACCACAACAUUCGCCGGGCGGCGGAGGCCGAGCCCCGGAUCCCCGCGGCCGGUGCUGCGGGGGCCUCGCAUCGCGCCAUGUCGGUGAACACGGACGAGCUGCGGCACCAGGUCAUGAUCAACCAGUUCGUGCUGGCCGCGGGUUGCGCGGCCGACCAGGCGAAGCAGCUGCUGCAGGCGGCGCACUGGCAGUUCGAGACCGCCCUGAGCACGUUUUUCCAAGAAACCAACAUUCCCAACAGUCACCACCACCCCCAGAUGAUGUGUACGCCCAGCAACACACCUGCCACACCGCCCAACUUCCCCGACGCACUGGCCAUGUUCUCCAAGCUUCGCACCUCCGAGGGCCUACAGAGCAGCAACAGCCCCAUGACGGCCGUGGCCUGCUCCCCCCCUGCAAACUUCAGCCCCUUCUGGGCCUCCUCCCCACCCAGCCACCAGGCGCCCUGGAUGCCGCCCUCCUCUCCCACCUCCUUCCAUCGCCUGCACUGCCCACAGCCCACAUGGCCGCCCGGAGCACAGCAGGGCGGCACCCAGCAGAAAGCCAUGGCGGCGAUGGACGGCCAGAGAUGAGACUGGAUGCCGUCGGGCCCUGUGCUGGAGUGAGGGGGCAGUCUGGGGUUGUGGGGACACAGGAGGGCCAGGGAGGGGGCCGCAGGGGGAGGGUGAGGGGUUUCCUGAAGAUCGCACUGGAAGAUUUUAUAAAAGAAUGGGGGGGGCAGUAAACUUCGUGGGCCGCUUGGGUCCCUCAGGAGUUUUUCUUUGGGCAAGUUCUUUUCCUCUUUUUAAUAUAUAACUAUGAUAUAUAUAAAUAUAACUAAUGUAUAUGUGAGUGGGGCCGCACACCUGGGGUGCUGGGUAGAGGGGAAGGGCCAAAAGAGUCCCCUGAAGUCACCUGCGAACAGGAAGAGCCCCAUUGUCCCUGCCUGGGGCUGCAGCCCUGAAGGGUUCCACGGGGCUCCCUGCCCCCAGCCUUCACUGCUGUGUCCAGGAUUCUCCCCCCACUCCUUUUGCCACCCUCCAUCGCUGGGUAUGUCCCCUGGGUGGCCUUGUAGCUACUGUCACCCUGUCCCCAGCUGGCUGUGCACGGCUCUUAGAGAGACCUGGCUUGAGUCAGGCCAGACUCUGUGGUGGGGGGCCUCUUCCCUUGUCCAGGGUCAGAGGACAUGGACCCGGUAGAGCUCACUUUCGGGUUGACUUCCUAAAUCAGAAUCUCAUCUCACCAGGGUGAAAUUUUAAUUUAAAACCUUAAAAGAGACUUUUCUAACUUC